AUGAGCUUCACAAGCCAGGAUUCGACGGCGUCGAACGAAACUUUUGGUAAAGAUGCUUCUUUCAAACUCCCGCAGCUCAUUGGAGCUAUGUCCAUCUCACCUGCCGGUCGAGACGUAGUUCUAGCUUCCAAGGAGGGCUUGCAUAUCAUCGACUUAGAUUCACCAUACUUCCCACCACGAUUCCUUCCUCACAGAACCCCUUGGGAGGUGGCCGAUGUUCAAUGGUCGCCAUUUGCCGAUCGUGAUUACUGGGUAGUCAGCACCUCCAAUCAGAAAGCCUUGGUAUGGAAUUUGAAUGCUUAUGGGUGGCGCAACUCUAUCGAGCACGUCCUGCAUGGUCAUACGAGAGCCAUUACCGAUAUUAAUUUCUCGGCAUUUCAUCCCGACAAACUGGCUACAUGUGCUGUCGAUAGCUUCAUCCAUUGCUGGGACCUGAGAUACCCUGGACGGCCUGCAUAUUCAUUUUCAGACUGGUUUGCUGGUGCUACUCAGGUAAAAUGGAGCCGGCAGGAUGAGCAUGUUGUUGCAAGUUCCCAUGAUAAAUUUUUGCACAUCUGGGAUGAUCGAAAUGGUGCCCGUCCUCUGAGAACAAUCAAGGCACACGAUACGAAAAUCUAUGGCAUAGAUUGGAAUCGUUUUGAGCCCAGCGAAAUUGUUACCUGUUCUUUAGAUAGGACAAUAAAGCUAUGGAACACCAACAAGAACGACGAUGUGCCUGAACGAGUCAUAGAAACCUCAUUUCCAGUAUGGAGAGCCCGUCAUACCCCCUUCGGAUGGGGUCUCAUGGUGAUGCCCCAACGAGGCAAUGGAAAUCUCCAUCUCUACGACCGACGAGCUGUCCACGGUGUCCUUGAAAGUGGUCCAGUCAAGCCCGUGCACAUCUUCCAAGGGCACAAGGGCCAGGUCAAGGAAUUUCUUUGGCGUGGAAUGGGCGACGUGAAAAAUGGCACUGAUUUCCGUGAUUUCCAGCUGGUGUCCUGGGGCACUGAUCAGGAAUUGCGCCUUCAUGCUGUUUCAAAGGAUAUUUUCGAGGACAUUGGAUAUGAGCGAGGUGUAUCAAGACCCCAGCGUCUACGAUUCACGAGAAGAGGCGCAAGAUACAAGACUUUCCGUGAUGAGCCAACAGAGCAUGAUUCUACAUCCGUGCCUCCUGCACGUGCUGACUCAUUCCCCGCCAGCAACCAGUUCCUACGAGUGAGAGGCCGACCUAGCACUAAUAUGGGAAUGAGCAGAGUCCCUAUAGCACAUUUCAAGGGCUGGCUGCACGCUGGCAAGGCAUCACGGAGAACUGAUAUGCACGGUAGAGGUGCAGGCAGACCCAAUACUGACCCCAUUGCCUGGAUGAAGAGUGUGAAGAUCACCUCUUGGGAUCCUGAUGCUCUGGCAGAUGAAAUCACUAUGGUAGGGGAGAAGUUUGAGAAAGUCAACUUCGAGACAGUAGACGUUUCCCAAAGGAGAGCUACAAUGGCGCUGCAGAGUCCUUGGGGUGAGUCUGACAAUGUUCCUGUGUACACACGGCUGCAAUUGCGCUUUCCUAAAGGCUAUCCGAAGGAUGUGCAGGCAAUAGUCCAUGUUCAGAAGACCAAUUCGAUCACCUCGGAUGUGCAGAAGCGUCUCUCUCAGGACAUACACCAGAUCACUGCGGCUUAUAAACUCCGUGGACGAGGCUGCAUUGAGGCAAUAGUCCGCUUUCUUCUACGCGACCAGUCGCUGGACCAAAUCCUGACGUGGAUCAAUCGAGACUCAUUGACGGACUCAAAACUCAUUGAGGCUGCAGAAGCACAACUUGAUGGAUUGGACGACUCGGACGAUGAUCCGAUCGAGCCCGCGUCUAACGUGCCGCGCUCGGAUGCACAGAUUAAUGUGCCGUUAGCGAAACGUUGUGCUGCGCUAUGGGCCGAGAAUGGGAAGCUCGUAUGUUUCUUCAAGCUUACAGACAAGGAGCCAGCAUCCUUGCUUAGUGCAAUGGGCACUGGCCAUCUUGACGAGCCAGAGACAAGCAAGCUGUUUGGUGGGUUUGGGAAAUUUCAGGUCGAUUCCCCUUCUCGAAAGUCGAGGGCCGCUACACAAUCUAUCAAUGAUGAAAGCGAUUCGGACACGAGUGAUCAAGCCUCCGUAUUGUCUUCGGAUACGUCGUCCUCUGAAUCUUCAGGAGAUUUCAGGGAUCGAGACAAGUUCGUGCCCUGGCAAAGAAAUGGCACAAAUUCGUUACGUCGAGAGAAGUCAACGGAGGGCUCCCAAAAAUCCGGAUUCUUGGACACUACCAGAGAGGGAGACCUGCUCGACAAAACAGUUGUCUCAAUUCAUGACUUGGAGGAAUUAAUACCAGCAAGCAAGAAAGUAGCAGAGGGGUAUAUAGUGUCAAGUGACAUGGCAAAGGCAUCUCAACACAAUUGCGGAAUUGCAACGCGUCAUGGUCGUCAUGACACUUCGAUGAUGUGGCGUCUAUCGAAUAGAGUUGUGACCAAAAUGGUUGCCCACGAAGCUGACCUAGCGAUAAACGGUGAUACUAGGUCGACUGUACCGAACCACCUCUCACAAAACUUCCGGGAAAGCGAGCUAUACAAACAAUAUCCUCACACUCCACUGCCUACUGGGUCAGCACGUGCUUUCGGAGAGAACCAGUUGCUGCCUACCUUGUUUCAAUUCUGCGAAAAAACACAUGAUAUACAGAUGUUGGCGACAUUUUCUGCGAUCUGGCUCAGCUCACAACUGGAGGUAAUUAAGUUGAUGCCAAAGUUCAGCUCGGACAUGAGACAUUGGAUGGCAGCAGGUUCAUCUCCCAGCAAGACGGAUGACCACGGCGUGGAUAGCAAGAGUCAUGGACCACUUCUCUCUGGUGCCAAUACAUCUGUAGACAGGGCAGUUGACUCAGGCCUAAAUAUCCUUGUUCCUGCCCUCUCGGUCAACGAUGGACAACUUACGGGCCCAUCUUCUGGUGCAACAAGCAUCGUUGCUCAAGAUCGAAGUGGUCCAGUUUCAGCAGUACAUUCCAAUAUUGUGUCUUUAGCCGGAUCGCCAGAAAACAGUCGAUUUAGUAGACGUUCCGAGUCUUCAGUUCUUUUCUCGGCUGCGACGGCUACCUUCAAUGCUUUAACAAGGUCUCGUCCGCCAUCACCACCGGCCCGUCUUAUUCGACAAGGCAGUGCACAAGGAACCUCAAAGUCUUUACAAGCUUCACCCGAUGACAGCUACUUCAACGAAUCCAAGUCGAAAUUAAGAUCCUUGGGACCUGCCAGUAUUUCUACACACGGCGAUGGGGGCUUAAGGGCACAACAUAUUCGAAGCAGGUUGCACCCAAUUCUCAAGAACAACAGACCAGAGACCUCAAUUUCAAGGCCCACGAAAAAGCGACUAAAGACUAAACUCGCGAAGCCGACAGCUUCUUACCAGCAACAGAUUCCGUUGCUUGUUUCGCAAGAUCUCGAGAUCUAUGAAAACUGUUUGAGUUACAUAGAGCAGUAUAUACCACUGCUUGAGGUAUGGCAACUUUGGGUACAGCGAGCCGAAAUGGUCAAAAUACGUGCUCAAGUGUCUGCUCUCCUUGACAAGCCGUACCAGAAACGUGGUACACAACCAUCACAGGUACGCCAUUCAGGCUUGGAGAUGAGGCGAUGCUGUCCUCGAUGUGGACACACUCUGGCACCUAUUGAGAAAAAUGGUAUGGCCAUUGGUUGGCAUUGUAUAUCACAGCAAUGCAGUAAUCAGCAAACCACCAAGCCGCCAAAAAGGCAACGAUGUGCUAUUUGUGAAGUUGUGACCACUGGGCUCACCGUGCCCUGCUUACAGUGUGGUCAUCUUACCUGCUACGAUUGUGCCUCAGAAUGGUUUAUGGAGCACACAAGCAGGAGUAGGAUACGAAUCAGUAGCAUAUCGAUUGCACGAAGUGAUACUACAGAGGCAGGCGAUCGCGACUUCCUCACCUGUCCUACCGGUUGUGGCUGUGAUUGCCAAGCGCUUUCAGCCAUCGAUGUGCCUGUACCAAAACCUGUUCUUACUGAUCCCGAAAGCGAAGUAGCGACAGCUCCAACAACACCACGCAGCGAAGGGUAUCAGGACAGCGCGAGUCGGUUCAUACCUACAGCGGAGCGCCGCAAAACCCGCGGACAGUCUAUCGGGGCCAUGACCAGUGCGAGAGGGAAUAGUGCCAUGGACGCGCUACUUGCACUCAAUAAGCAAGCUGGUGGUCCACGACAUCGUGCAACUUCUUCAACCUCAACGGCUCAGCAACACACGCAAGAUGACAGUCCAUCGGAUGUACCACAUAUGAGGACCAGGGAUAACAGCGUCAGCAUUGUGGAUGAAUUGUUGCCAUGGGCAAGUGAUGUCAACGCCACGCUUGGAAGAGGCUUUGGUGCUGGUCUGAGUAGAGGGCUGAGCAAUAGAAGUAGCAAUGCGACUAUUCGAAAAGUGUCGAGGAGAGACUCAGAAUUACUUUGA